CGCAUUGUGGGUAAUCUAUGAAUGAACUGUUUAGCGGUAAAUAAUCCACAUUUUGGUAUUCAAUUAUUAUAUUCCAAUAUCGUACAACUAUUUCUUUUAUUUUAUAUUUCUUUUAGUUAUUUAAGAUUUAUUUUAAGAAGCGACUGAUUUUUUUCAUAGUGUUUGUACAAGUCUUUAGAGUUUUCUAUUUCUUGUUUCAUUUCAUUUACGAGCUGUAUAGCCAUUUGACAGCCUUCAUUCUGGCGCUGGCUUAUAAAAAUUAUGUUUGUUGUGAUCUCAGAAUUAUUAUACUAUUACGAUAAUGAUCAUAUAGUAGUAAAAUUUAUUUACCAAUUAGAAGGAAUAGAUAAUCACAAACAUUGAUCAAAAGUCCCAAAAUGGUACCUCUUGCACCAACAUCAGCUCAUGGGCAAGGAUUAAGUAAUCAACCAAUCGGAAUGGCAACCGCACAAAGAACUUCGAGCUCUAAUGUGAAACCAAAUUACACUUUGAAAUUCACCCUUGCUGGACAUACAAAAGCAGUAUCUUCAGUGAAGUUCAGUCCUAAUGGAGAAUGGCUGGCCAGCUCUUCUGCUGAUAAACUGAUAAAGAUUUGGGGAGCUUAUGAUGGAAAGUUUGAAAAGACCAUAUCUGGACACAAAUUAGGAAUAUCGGAUGUGGCUUGGUCGAGUGAUAGUCGACUGCUGGUCAGUGCUUCAGACGACAAAACUUUGAAAAUUUGGGAAUUGAGUUCUGGAAAAUGUGUGAAGACGUUGAAAGGACACAGCAACUAUGUGUUUUGCUGCAACUUCAAUCCUCAGUCGAAUUUGAUUGUUUCUGGCUCUUUUGAUGAGAGCGUGAGAAUAUGGGACGUAAGAACAGGAAAGUGCAUCAAAACACUUCCGGCGCAUUCGGAUCCAGUCAGCGCAGUUCAUUUCAAUAGAGACGGAUCUCUCAUUGUUUCUAGCAGCUACGAUGGUCUAUGCCGGAUAUGGGACACAACACCUGGCCAGUGUUUGAAAACAUUAAUUGAUGAUGACAAUCCUCCUGUCUCAUUCGUGAAAUUCUCACCGAACGGAAAGUACAUAUUAGCCGCAACACUCGAUAACACAUUGAAACUGUGGGAUUACAGUAAAGGAAAGUGCUUGAAAACGUACACGGGUCAUCGAAAUGAAAAAUACUGCAUAUUUGCCAAUUUCUCAGUGACAGGAGGAAAAUGGAUUGUCUCUGGAUCUGAAGACCAUCUUGUGUAUAUAUGGAAUCUCCAAACAAAAGAAAUAGUACAAAAAUUGCAUGGACAUACAGAUGUUGUAUUGUGCACUACUUGUCAUCCUACCGAAAAUAUAAUUGCAUCGGCAGCCCUAGAAUCAGACAAAACAAUUAAACUGUGGAAAAGUGACACAUAGGCCCAACUCUAAAUAAUAUUAUGCUAUCAAUGAUGAUCUUAUUUCUUCCAUUGAGCAAGUUGAUUGACAAAAGUAUUUUUGUCCAAACUAUAAUACUUCUAAGUUUUUAUGUAAAUGUUGUGUGAAUGAAAGUAUCAAUUUAAUAGUGCCAAUAAAAACCAUUUAUCAAAUAA